GUCCAGGUCUUGGAUGAUGAUUUCCAGGUUAAAUUCUUCCUAUACUUCUCUUUCGUUCAAUGGUCUUAAACAUCAUUAAAGCGGCUGUUUAUCUUGUGUAGUAAACACAAGUGAAGAUAUGAAUUAACCAUCAAACGUCAGCUUCUGCAGGAGUUGGGAUAUAUGAAGUGGCUGAGCCGGCCAGUUGGGCUCAGCAUGUGCACGUCGGUGAAGUACAGCUCGCGGGGACCAGCUCUCAUCCCGCGGAUGAAGACAAAGCACCGCAUCUACUACAUCGCUCUGUUCUCCGUGGUGCUCCUGGGCCUCAUCGCCACCGGCAUGUUCCAGUUCUGGCCGCACUCCAUCGAGUCGACGGUGGACUGGAGCGUGGACCGCCGCAGCGUGCACGAUGCCCCCGAGGUGCGGCUGCCCGUCUCCAGCCCCAUCCCCGAGAGGGGGGACCUCAGCUGUCGCAUGCACACCUGCUUCGACGUGUACCGCUGCGGUUACAACCCCAAGAACCGGAUUAAGGUGUACAUCUAUCCCCUGCAACGCUUCGUGGAUGAGCUUGGCAGCCACAUCAGCACCACGGGGCUGUCGCGGGAGUACAAUGAGCUGCUCACUGCCAUUUCUGACAGCGACUUCUACACCGACGACAUGAACCGAGCCUGCCUCUUCAUCCCCUCCAUCGACAUGCUCAACCAGAACUCUCUGCGCAUCCGGGAGACGGCCCAGGCCCUGGCAAUGUUGCCGAGGUGGGACCAUGGGAUGAACCACUUGCUGUUCAAUAUGUUGCCAGGGGGGCCCCCUGAUUACAACACUGCGCUGGACGUGCCCAGAGAUAGGGCGCUGCUCGCGGGAGGAGGUUUCUCCACGUGGACGUACCGCCAGGGCUACGACGUCAGCACCCCUGUGUACAGUCCCCUCUCCGCUGAGGUGGAGCUGCCAGAGAAACAGCCUGGUCCUCGGCAUUACUUCAUCCUGUCCUCGCAAACAGCCAUCCAUAGGGAAUACCGGUCCGAGCUGGAGCGGCUUAAGGCGGAGAAUGGGGAGGCUAUCCUCAUCCUAGACAAGUGCACCAACCUCUCCCAGGGCAUUCCAUCUGUCCGCAAGCGCUGCUACAAAAACCAGGUCUUUGACUACCCACAGAUCCUGCAGGAGUCCUCGUUCUGUGUGGUGCUCCGGGGAGCUCGGCUUGGACAGGCUGCGCUCAGUGACGUCUUGCAGGCUGGCUGUGUCCCUGUCAUCAUUGCAGACUCCUACAUUCUGCCCUUCUCAGAGGUCCUAGACUGGAAGAGAGCAUCAGUGGUCAUUCCAGAAGACAAACUGCCUGAGAUGUACACCAUUCUAAAGAGCAUCCCUCACAGACAGGUGGAGGAAAUGCAGAGACAGGCCCACUGGUUCUGGGAGGCUUACUUCCGCUCCAUGAAGGCUAUCGCCAUGGCAACACUGCAGAUCAUCAACGACCGGAUCUACCCUUAUGCCGCCCGCUCUUACGAGCAGUGGAACGACCCCCCCCAGGUGAAGUGGUCCAGCGUGAACAGCCCUCUCUUCCUUCCUCUCAUCCCUCCUCGGUCGCCCGGCUUCACCGCCGUGGUGCUCACUUAUGACCGCAUCGAGAGCCUCUUCCGCGUCAUCACCGAAAUCUCCAAGGUCCCCAGCCUGGCCAAGCUUCUCGUGGUGUGGAACAACCAGAACAAGAGUCCCCCCGAAGAGUCCCUUUGGCCCAAGAUCUCAGUGCCUCUCAAGGUGGUGCGUACAAAGGAGAACAAGCUGAGCAACCGCUUCUUCCCCUAUGAUGAGAUUGAGACAGAAGCUGUCCUGGCCAUCGAUGAUGACAUCAUUAUGCUGACCUCAGAUGAACUGCAGUUUGGCUACGAGGUGUGGCGGGAGUUCCCGGACAGGCUGGUGGGUUAUCCAGGUCGGCUGCACCUGUGGGAUCACGAAAUGGGCAAGUGGAAAUAUGAGUCUGAGUGGACCAACGAGGUAUCCAUGGUGCUGACUGGAGCUGCGUUUUACCACAAGUACUUCAACUACCUGUACACAUACAAGAUGCCUGGAGAUAUUAAAAACUGGGUUGAUGCCCACAUGAACUGUGAGGACAUUGCUAUGAACUUCCUGGUGGCUAACAUCACUGGCAAGGCACCUAUUAAGGUGACCCCUCGGAAGAAGUUUAAGUGCCCUGAGUGCACAGCUAUCGAUGGGUUGUCCCUAGACCAGACACACAUGGUGGAGAGGUCGGAGUGCAUCAACAAGUUUGCCUCCGUCUUUGGAACGAUGCCUCUCAAAGUGGUGGAGCAUCGUGCUGAUCCUGUCCUCUACAAGGACGACUUCCCGGAGAAACUCAAGAGCUUCCCCAACAUCGGGAGCCUGUGAGCAGCAGGAAGCUUGAUGUAAAACCUCAACCUCACCCAAGACUGUUUCUUUUGUGUGAGGACUUUCCAGCCUGUGAACCUGAAAAAUCGCCAUUCCAUAUUUUUUAUUAGAAGCCCCUGCCACGGGUUACCUUAUGUGCACAGAGCAGAAAGGGCUGGUUGUGUGGGGAUGUCCUUUGGAAAUUGCUCAUCCUCUCCCAGAAGAUGAAUCGGAUCCAGGUUUUAAAGGCUAGCUUAGCACUUAGCCUCAUAAUUGUGUAUGGUACCUGACGUGUAAAAACUAAGAAGAGUGCAGUUUCGGAUUAGGUGCCUCAUCUUGUCUGAGGCUUUCCUUAUCUCUUUGUCAUGGCUCUACGUCUCUGUGUUUCAUGCUGGGGAGUUUCUUAUCUGGCUGGUGUUUUGCUGUAAUAAAACUGGGAUAAUAAAGGGGAAUGCAGAGUCAAAAUAUUAGCGAAUUAUGGGAGCGAUUUAUCAUAAGUUAAACUUCUCAGAUGGAGGCUCGCAAAUGGCCUAAGCAGGACCGGCACUCUCUCCAAACUCAGGUUAAGUCCUGUGGUCAUGACGCUUUGUGUCCAAGCCCCGAUUGUAUCACAGGCUGACUGUGACCAUGUUUCCCCAAGUGGACACAGCAGGCAGGGUGCCAUCGAGUGGUGGGCUGGGACAAGCUGGCCUGAGCAGCCUUAGCAACGUGGCCAAUCUUGUGGCAACUUCCUGGUUUCGUUCAGGCUUGCAGUGAGACCAGCUUUCCUGUAAGAUGUCAAGAGAUGAAGGGCUCCAGUUGCUCUGCCUGUCCUCUUUCUCCCCUGCAUUGUACAGAAGACAAUGCUGUGUUCCCAGAAAAAAAAAAUAAUUGGUAAUUCCAAUCUGGAUAAAUAUGAAAUAGAAAAUACAAGCAAUGGUUAAAAACAUGGAAUUGAUUGUUUCAAGUUUUACUUGGUCAAAUACACAUUUCCCUUUGGCAGAGUAUGCCAAGAAGAUCUGAUGUGGAGUUAGAGAGUAUAAAACGUGUUCAGAAUGUUUUCCAUUUCAGAUGGUGGUACUGUAACAUUUUCCCUUUAUUGGCAGGUAGAUUUUUGGCAUUCUGUUCACCUGACUACUGAUGAUCAUUUUCCCUAGAAAAAGGUGAAACCACUUUUCUGCUGUUUAUCACAUGACCUGCCCAUGAAAGUUCUACACCUGUCAGCAUUGUCUGGUUGACGUGAACUGGCACAUGCACAGCUCUCUCAUUCAUAGAUGGUGUCCUGCUAUUUGCAAACCAGAGUACGUUAUUCCUUCUGAUUCUACUGUAGAUUAUUUAAGUGAUUUUAUCUGCUGAAAGUAGCUCAUAGGCAUUAACUGUAUUUUCUAUUGGGUUAAGGUUUGUUCCUUCUCCCUCUAUUUUAGAACUGUCAUACCAGUCAUUGAAAAUUGGUAAGCUGUAGUCCUAUUAGUUGUGUCUCUCAGAAUUAACUAGAGUCAAUCAGAGCACAUCCGACUGCAGGCUAAGGGACACAAAUAUAAAAUACCAAAAAAUGUCCAAGUAGUAAACGUGACAAAUGUCUACAAAAAUGAAAUAAAAGAUCUUUUUUUUUCUUUUUUAUUCUUUGUUUAAUAGUAUUAUAGUAAAAUAAUUCCAGCCUAAAUCACCUUAACUUUGCUGCCUUAUAAAAUUUGCCGCCAUUCAGGUUUGGUUUGAAUAAAGCUAUUUGUUAGUGCUUGUAUGAAUUAAUUAAAUUGGCCAGUCAAUGGGAACUUCAGUGUUCUCAGACUAAUGAUGUAGCUGUAACACAAUAAGUAUCCAUGGACUCUUUCCUGGUAAUUUGAAUGUCUCAAAGUGUUUGACACUUUGAAAGUGUCAAAGUCGAGCAAAAUUUGCUUUACAGCCGUUAAGGGCUUUGAGUAACUAGUGCAGACAGACAGAAAGGAAAUCCUAGCAAGUGUAAAUUUUAGGAACUGAAACAUUUCCAGUCUAUUCAUUUCAUGUACUAUGAAACAGGCUAUUGUAAUAAAUAAAACCAGUCAUUGAUUCUAAGUUCUCAAGGACCUUAAGUGUGGAGGUAGUCUAAAAUGAGAACAUUCUGGCUGUUGGUAACUUUCAAUUAUUCAGUGUUUUUCUGUUUUUAACAUGUUUGUGCCUGCCUUAGUCUUCCAUUUUUUGCCCACAACCCAUAAAGCACAAUUCGUUUCCAACAGGAAUUCCACAUAUAUUACAGUCUGCUUUUUAAUGUAUGAACAAAAUGUCAAUAUUGUCCUUCUUAUGUCUUUUUAUGAUGGUAUAUUGCAAAUAAAUAACGGUGUCUGAAAAUAUCAAAAUUAAAAACCUAAAAACUAA